AUGGUCCAGACAUUCGGCCCUGAGCCUCCGCCGGGGAUGCGCCCCGCGCCUGCAGCCUUCGAUGCGGAGAAUGCGCCAAACCACGAAAACAUCGAGAUGGCGUUUGCGCAGAAAGUGAUCCAGCACAUGGAGACGUACUGGAAGAUCCUGAAGAAUAAGCGAGGGUCCCAGCUGCGCCUCACAAAGAUGGACGACGAGAUAUACGAGCACCUCAAGGCCGACUUCCCCGAGCUCGACCCGGCAGAGGACAUCGUGGAGGACAAGCUCAAGAGCAAGGAGGGCAAGGAGAGGUGGCGCAAGUUCAUGAUGGUGUACGAGAAGAAGGUGGAGGACUUCAACUUUGGCACCAUGUUGCGCGUCAGCCCCAAGGACGACGUGGACACGGAGGAGAGGGUCAUAUUCGUGCCGAGGAUGCAGUUCUACGCCUUCGAGAUUGCGAGAAACAGGGCCGGGCUCAACGACUGGGUCUACGAGCAGGCACAUCCGGAGGAAAAGAAGGAGGACAGUGCGAGUAGCUGA